AUGGGGGUUGAUGCAAGUGUGUAUGAGAUAUUCAAUCUAUUCCCUUCCCCUUUUAUUGAUACUUGUGCCUUUUGUUCCAAUAUUUUUGAAUUUCUUAAUAAUAAGGCAAAUAAGUAUUUACUAGAGGAACUUCUGAAUGAGUUUGAGCAGUCGUUAGAUAUAAAAAAUGAGAACGACGAUGAAGCAUAUCAGCAAUAUGCCUGGGAACAAGACUUCGAUAAAUCAUGGGAGCAGUUGGUCGACAAGGACGGAGAGUUGCAGUUCAUAAAGCCACAGAGUAGAAUAUACAGUGAGCCCGAAGGAGAGAAUGAACAUCCGUCUGAGUCCCUUGACGUGAUCUCAAAGCGCGGCAUCAUAAGGAAUGUGGUCAUAUUGUUUGAUAUGAGUGAAACGAUGCUAGAAAAGGACUUUAAGCCAGAUAGACUUUACUGCUCAUUCGGAGCACUCAAGGAGUUCGUCAAGGAUUUGUUCAGCAAGGGGCCCAUCACACAGCUGGGAAUGGUAGUCAUGAGGAAUAAAGUGGCAAACUUGAUAUGUCAACUGGGAACGAAUCCAGAAGAGCAGCUGGAGUUAUUGGGAAACUCACUAAAAGAAGGAGCCGAUGGCCCGUCGUCACUUCAAAACGGCCUAGAAAUGUGCCUGAACAUGCUGUAUGAACUGCCGAGUUACAGCACCAGAGAGGUGCUGGUCAUUUUCGGAUCAAACAGGACGCUCGACGCAGGAAACAUCCUCGUAACACUCGAGAAGCUGAAACAAAACAAUCUGACAAUCAAUUCAAUAUCGCUAUCGCCAGAAAACCGGAGGCAACUAUUCGGUGGCAAGGGAUGCAAAUCACCUGAAACACCUACUCAACAAUUACACAUCACCUCCACCAUGGUAAGCACAAUGAGCGAUCAAAUAUAUAUGUUACCUGUAAGCAUUGUCUGGAAUAAACUUAUUUCGCUUAGGAAAAAAUGGAUGGAGCCAGUGCUCCUAAAAGUGGCUUUUCCACCCCUGAAGAAAACAGCAACAGUGUCACUGUGUGUAUGCCACUCAUCGCUAGUAAACAAGGCGUACAUAUGUCCACAGUGCCACAGUAAAUCGUGUUACAUACCAACUAAGUGUAAGGUAAGGACGUUUAUAUUGAUUGGUGCGAUUGACCAUAACAAUCGCCAUGCUGUGGAAUCUACUUGGUAUCACCACCAGAUAUUUCAAGGGCUUUUCAUCACCUCAUACCUCCCAAAAAAUUCAUCAAAGUACGAAAACACACAAGUUACUUGCUCCAGCUGCAACCUACGGAACAACGUCGGCUUCAGAUGCCCUAGUUGUGACAGUUGGUUCUGCGAGUACUGCAACGUCUAUAUUCAAGAGGAGCUACACCAAUGCCCUAUGUGCUUGUUUCUGAAGGUGAACAUUAAGCAGCCAUAA